AUGCCAGCUGGGUGCAGUUUUGGAAAUGUUCCUCCUGUGAAUGGAGGCACCAUGAACAUUUGGGAAGUGAUCCUGGCUUUCUUGAUUGUGGUACUCAUCCUUGUCUCGCUGCUGUCCAACGUGCUGGUGCUGAUCUGCUUUCUGUACAGCGCAGACAUCCGCAAGCAAGUCCCGGGAUUGUUUAUCCUCAACCUGACCUUCUGCAACUUGUUGAUGACUGUUUUGAACAUGCCCCUGACCCUGGCUGGGAUCAUUUACAAGAAGCCGCCUGGAGGAGACCAGCUCUGCCACAUCGUGGGCUUUCUAGAGACUUUCCUGACCACCAGCUCCAUGCUGAGCAUGGCAGCCCUAAGCAUAGACAGGUGGAUAGCGGUGGUGUUUCCUCUCAACUACCAUUCCAAGAUGCGUUACAGAGAUGCUGCUCUCAUACUGAGCUAUACAUGGUUGCAUUCUGUGUCUUUUCCUAUAGUGGCAACUUCUCUGUCUUGGGUGGGUUUCCAUCACCUUUAUGCCUCCUGCACCCUCUACAACAAGAAGCUGGAGGACAGGACACAGUUUGUGGUUUUCACAGGGGUCUUUCAUUCUCUCAGCUUCCUCCUCUCCCUCGUUGUCUUGUGUUUCACAUAUCUAAAAGUGCUGAAGGUGGCACGCUUUCACUGUAAAAGGAUUGACGUGAUCACUAUGCAGACCCUCGUGCUGCUGGUGGACAUCCAUCCCAGUGUAAGAGAGCGAUGCCUAGAAGAACAGAAGAGGCGGAGACAACGAGCAACCAAGAAGAUCAGUACAUUCAUUGGCACUUUUAUACUCUGUUUUGCACCGUAUGUAAUCACAAGACUGGUAGAAUUAUCAUCCAUAGUCCCCAUCAACGCACACUGGGGAGUUAUUUCCAAGUGUCUGGCUUAUAGCAAAGCUGUUUCAGAUCCCUUUGUGUACUCUUUGUUACGACACCAGUACAAGAAGACAUGGAAGGACAUAAUAAACAAGAUACUGAAAAGGAGCUCAAUAAAUUCAUCAGCCCUCACAAGUGAAUCACAGAGUCGAAACAUUUUGCAAGCAACUGAUUGA